AUGGCGGCUGUCGUUACAACAGCCGAUAUGACGAUUCAAAAGAAUUCUCAGAUUUUAGUAAAUGUUGAGGAAGCGUUAGCUGAUUUACUUGUUGUAUCAUAUUGUACUGAAGAUAAAAAAUUUCAAGGGGUGCUUCUGGACUCCAAUAAAGGCAACUUGCCGUUUGGCGUAUAUAGCCUCCAUCCAGCAUUUAUUAAAAAUACUGAAACCACCGAUAAGAAAGAUGAUAAUCUACAUUCCGUUAGUCAAAGAUUUACUUAUCAAGAGCCCCAAUACGCAGAUGAAGACGCUCAGAAAUCAAAGAAAUAUGGCAGCAAAGGCAAACCGCAGCCUAGACAAAAGAUGACUGUAAGACUGCGGCCAAGAAAGGUACUGUGUUCAAAUUGUAAGGGAAUAUGCAAUGAGAAUAAUGAAAAUGUAGACGUGUCUAAAAAACGCAAAUUAGACUGUGAUGACGACACCCCACAAGAUAGUUCCGUAUCAUCCAAAGUGGAGAAGAAACAUCUUAUGAGAAAUAUGCUUAUUCCUAAACUGUCCAGGCUACAGACAAACGAUAGUGACGUAAAAUCAACUAUCACCAAUGAUAAAAAAGCGAGGAAUGUUAAAAGUGAAAAGCCAGCUGAAAUAGAAAAUUCCACCCGCGAAUUGGCAUUUGUUAGUGUCUCAGAUAGUGUAGACAUCUGUGAUGAUAAUGACAUGAAGGAAGAAAAUGACACUACAUUUAGCUCAUUAUUUUCGAGUGCUAGGACCUUAAAAAUUUGUUUCGGGGAAGGUGAAGGCACUGUGGUGAAAAUUCCCCCACUGUCAGGAGAUUACAAUGAGGAUUCAGGUGUAUCCUGCGACAUGAGUAAACCACCCAAACCUGAUUCUAAAGCUGUUAAGAAAGCUUUGAAGAAAGCUAAAAGGCAAGCCAAAAAGAAUAAUGUUAUGGAGAAAGGUGAAGAAAGUAAUUGCCAGUCUCCCAAACAUGUUGGUGCGCUGUCACCUCAUAAUAAUAUGUCUGAUAACCCUCCAAUAGACCCAUUAGAAAAGAAACAUAGACAUAAAACAAAACACAAGAAGAAACACAAGGUGAUCAAGAAAUGUGAUGAAAACAGCAGUAAGAGUGAUGGUGAUGGUGUAGACUAUUUUAGUAACAUAAAAGAGCACUGUCUUAAACAAAAAUUAUCCAUUAGUCUACGUAGGCUAAGUAGUAAUUCCUACGAGAAACGAAAUGAACAAGAUACGGAUGCAUCAGAUGAUUGUGAAAGUGAAACGGUUCCGAAUUUUCCACCCAACACCACGGAAAGUGUUGGAGGAAGGCCGCUGCGUGUUUCACCUGGUGAUAUUGUUUGGGGUAAAGUUGUUGGUUUUCCCUGGUGGCCAGGCAGGGUACUUAGUGUAACGGCUACAUCUAGAGCCCAUGUUGCUUGGUUUGCAUCAUCAACAUCAUCCUUAAUACCAUGUGAUAGUUUGAGCCCAUUUUUGGAGGAUUACAAGAUACGUUUCAACAAGAAGAAGAGGGGUCCAUAUAAAGAGGCUGUGAAACAAGCGACAAUUGAAGCAAGACAAAUUGAAUCUCACAUGGAUCCUUUGGCAAGUCCUACUCACCCGAAUUUGGCCACUGUUUCACCGCGGCCCAUUGAUGUGUUCUCG